AUGAUCAUCUACCCGGACCUCGUCAGCCAGGAAAUGUUCUCUGACAUCUACAAGAUCCAGGAGAUUGCAGAAGGGCUGGGUCUGGAAGUGGAGGGGAAGAUGGUCCGUAGGACUGAAGGUAACAUCGAUGACUCCCUCAUGGGUGGCAAUGCCUCAGCUGAAGGCCCCAAUGGCGAUGAAACAGAAAGCACAGUGGUCCCUGGUGUUGACGUUGUCAUGAGUCAUCACUUGCAGGAAACCAGCUUCACAAAAGAAGUCUACGAGAAGUACAUCAAAGACGACAUGAAAUCAAUCAAAGGCCAACUUGAAGAGCAGAAACCAGAAAGCGUAAAGCCUUUUCUGACAGGGGCUGCAGAACAAACCAAGCACAUCCUUGCAAAUUUCAAAAACUACCAGUUCUCUAUUGGUGAGAACAUGAAUCCAGAUGGCACGAUUGCUCUGCUGGACUACCGAGAGGAUGGUGUGACCCCGUAUAUGAUCUUUCAGGAUGGCUUAGAGAUGGAGAAAUGUUAA